UUGGGAAAACAGUGCUGGUUUAUGGAAUAACAGCCCCUUUUUUCUCAUUUGCUGGGAAGUGACAUGACAGGGUCAGAAACUGCGGCACACCAGAGCAGACAGGGAAGAGUGGAAUAACUUGAGUGCUGGCUGAGCAGUUUUCUUCCUUCACAUCUCCUCUUCCAAUGUCCCUGCCCCAGCAGCUCUGCUGUUCUUCUUGUUCUCCUUCUGCCUUGCUCCAGCACCACGGGAUGGCCUAGCAGCGAUCAUGAACCUGUACUAUUGGAAGAGAAACAGCUCGUCCCAACAGGACCGCAUCCCGCUGCGUGUUGUGCGGGCCGAACCAGAGCUGUCGCCCCUGGAGAAGGCCUACCUGAAUGCUGUGGACUGCGGUGAUUACGCCAGCGUCAAACAGGCUCUGGAGGAGGCUGAGAUCUACUUCAAGAUCAACAUCAACUGUGUGGACUCCCUGGGCCGCACGGCGCUGCUCAUCGCCAUUGAGAACGAAAAUCUGGACAUCAUCCAGCUACUGCUCUCCUACAAUGUAUAUGUGGGGGAUGCCUUGUUGCACGCCAUCCGCAGGGGGGUGGUGGGUGCCGUAGAGUUGCUGCUCAACCAUAAGAAGCCAAGCAAGGAGAAAAAGGUGCCACAGAUCUGGGGGGACAGGCAGUUUUCCUAUUUCACACCAGAUAUCACUCCCAUCAUCCUGGCUGCUCACACCAACAACUAUGAGAUCAUCAAGAUGCUGCUGCAGAUGGGUGUGUCAGUGCCCAAGCCACAUGGCGUGCGGUGCAAAUGUUUGGAGUGCUCGUCCAACUCAGAUGCUGACAGCCUUCGCAACUCCCGCUCCCGCCUCAACCUGUAUCGGGCCCUGGCCUGCCCCUCGCUCAUUGCCCUGUCCAGUGAGGACCCCAUCCUCGCCGCCUUCCAGCUCAGCUGGGAGCUUCUGGAGCUCAGCAAGAUGGAGAUUGAGUUCAAGUCAGAGUAUGAAGAAUUAUCACAUCAGUGCAAACGCUUUGCCAAGGACCUUCUGGACCAGACACGCAGCUCUCACGAGCUUGAGAUGAUCCUCAACUUUCGGGACGACAUCACUUUGCUAAACCAGGAGAACAGCAACGACUUGGCCCGGCUGAAGUUGGCCAUAAAGUACCAUCAGAAGGAGUUUGUGGCUCAACCCAACUGUCAGCAGCUGUUGGCUGCACGCUGGUAUGGUGAGUUUCCCAGUUGGAGAAAGCGCCACUGGGCAGUAAAGCUGCUUACCUCCAUUUGCAUUGGACUAUUGUUCCCCAUCCUCUGCCUCUGCUACCUGGUCGCCCCCAAAAGCCGCUGCGGCCUCUUCAUCCGCAAGCCUUUCAUCAAGUUCAUCUGCCACACAGCGUCCUACCUAACCUUCCUCUGCCUCCUGUUGAUGGCAUCCCAGCAUAUGAUGUUCACAGACAAAUGCAACGAGGGACCAGCACCCACCAUAGUGGAAUGGAUGAUCCUACCUUGGAUUCUAGGUUUUGUGUGGACUGAGAUCAAACAGAUGUGGAAUGAUGGACUGCAGGACUACAUUGAUGACUGGUGGAACCUCAUGGACUUUGUCAUGAAUUCCUUGUACCUGGCAACUAUAGCACUCAGAAUCGUUGCCUAUGUUAAGUAUAGGGGUAAAAAAUGCAGGGAUGACUGGGAGAUGUUUCACCCCACACUAGUUGCUGAGGCCCUCUUUGCGAUUGCUAACAUCUUCAGCUCACUACGGCUCAUCUCCUUGUUCACGGCCAACUCGCACCUGGGCCCGCUGCAAAUUUCUCUGGGCCGCAUGCUCCUGGACAUACUGAAGUUCCUCUUCAUUUUCUGCCUGGUGUUGCUAGCCUUUGCCAACGGUCUCAAUCAGCUGUACUUCUAUUACCAGACUCGAGCUUUCUCGACAUUUUUUGAGACCCUGCAGUCCCUGUUCUGGUCUGUUUUCGGGCUUGUUGGCCUUCAUGUCACCAACGUCACAGCCAACCACAAGUUCACCAAUUUUGUGGGAGCCACCAUGUUUGGCACCUACAAUGUCAUCUCUCUGGUGGUUCUUCUUAACAUGCUCAUCGCCAUGAUGAACAACUCCUACCAGCAAAUCUUUGAUCAUGCAGAUAUUGAGUGGAAAUUUGCACGAACAAAGCUGUGGAUCAGCUACUUUGAAGAAGGAGGCACUCUUCCAUCCCCUUUUAAUAUAAUUCCGAGCCCCAAGUCCAUUUGGUAUUUCAUCAAAUGGACUAAGAAGCACAUUUACAGAAGAACAACAUCAAAACGAAGAGAAAGAGAUUCAGCAAUUGGGAAGCAAAAUUCUGAAAAUAUCCAAAUAAAUAAUCAGUAUCAGGAAGUCAUGAGACAUUUGAUCAAAAGAUAUGUGGCUGCAACGAUAAGACAUGCAAAAACAGAAGAAGGGCUCACAGAGGAGAACUUCAAGGAACUGAAACAAGACAUUUCAAGUUUCCGGUAUGAUGUUCUGGGCCUGAUGAAGGAGAAAGGCUCAUUUCUAAAGGAAGACAAAUCUAGCAAUAAAGAAUCAAAUUUGAAACAUGCCAACCAUAGUCCCAAUAACUCCACAGCAUCGAAUGGCCAGCAGAAGGGCAAGCUGAUCUCAAAGAACAUCCAUAGUAGCUCUUCGUGUGACAGGUCUGCUGCUCGAUACCAUCUGGCCUCUGAGGCCUCUUUUGAAUAUGAGCUGCCAGUGGGGAACACAACGAAACACUUGUUGAAGACUGUGGAUGAGGGGGCUGGGACAGAGCAAUUACCUGGCAGAGCUGCGGAGAUUGGACAACAGAGAGACCAGAGAGUGGAGCGUUUGGAGGAACUCAGCUCAGCAACAACUAGUCAUGAGCCAUCUACUGAAGGUGCACCUCCAGAAACUCACCCAAAGCAUCAUAAUACUGCAGCAAUGUGAGACUGGCAUCUCCAUAUGGAUUCUGAAAUAACAGCACAAAGUACCUCUGUCCUCACAAUGUUGGAUCUUUUGCUGUAAAACUGACAGAAAGCUUUCUCUGAUCAUGUUGCAAUCAAGUUUAGCUUAAGUAGUUCACGGUUUUAUGGAGGAAGACAGUGAAGUGUUUAAGUCCCUGUGGCUUACACAGAAUCUCAGUCCUGAAAGUAGCCAAACCUUUCAGAGUUCUCAUAACCGGAGAGUUGAUUUGUUUCAAUGCUAUAUGACAGAUGAUGUCCCAGAAUGACUUACCAGAGUCAGGAAGAUUCCUGUGUUUCUAUGACUCGCACACAGUUUGCACAAUUUAGAAAGGACCCCAGCAGUGUUAUAAUUCCCUGAGCAUGUAGUACCCAUUUAAGGAAAUGUCACUAUUAACAUAGGGAAGCUAAUGGGUUUACUUGACACAGCUCGUGAUGCUGAGUGCAUACAAGUGCAUCCAAAAUUGUCCAAAAUUACAAUUAAUGUGCUUUUGAUGAAUGAUUAUUUGCAGACUCUUGCCAGCUUCUACACACAGCACCUGAACACUAAAAAGCUUAACCACUUCUGCAUCUGUUUAUUUGUAUGCUGUAAUAAGGAUGCUGCUCUGUCCCCCAAAACAUGUGUAGUUUCAUAUUCUUUUUCACUGAGUUUGUUAAGGUCAGGUUUUAG